UUAGUAACAAACUCAAGAUGGUGCCUGUGGCUAUAGAAGGGUGCACCCAAGGCACCGAGGGUGGUGGAGCCCGAGGUGGUUCUAUUUCGCUGGCUUUGUUAAUAGAUUUUAUCGUACAGAGGACUUACGAUGAACUCACUGUCUUAGCCGAGUUAUUGCCCCGAAAAACGGAUAUGGAGCGCAAGAUCGAGAUAUACAAGUUCAGUGCCCGUACUCGACAACUAUUCGUUCGACUGUUAGCCCUUGUGAAGUGGGCUAGCAGUGCCACUAAAGUUGAUCGUUCAGCACACAUUAUGGCAUUCUUGGACAAGCAGGCAUUACUUUUUGUAGAGACAGCUGAUGUACUUGCAAGAGUUGCAAGAGAGACACUUGUUCAUGCAAGGCUACCAACUUUUCACAUGGCUGCAGCAGUGGAAGUAUUGACCCUGGGCACCUACAGCCGCAUGCCUGCAGUGAUCAGAGAGCGCCUAGUGCCUCCGCCAUCUCUGAUGCCAGCCGAGCGCCGCAGUACCUUGAGGGCUUUGUCGCACAUAGUCCGUCAGAGACUUACUACUGCUUCUCUGCCUAGCGACGUUCGCAACUUAAAGGUGGAAAAUGGGCGUGCCACGUUUUCAGUAGGUCAAGAAUUCAGUGUGUCCCUGACUGUAAUGGGUGAUGGACCUAGUGUACCUUGGAGAUUAUUAGAUAUUGCCAUACUUAUCCAAGACAAUGAGACUGGAGAGGGUAAGCCAUUAGUACACAGUUCUCAACUUGCCUGGUUACGGGGUGUUGCACAAGCGCGCCUAGCAGCCGCCGGAUUGAGUGGAGCCCUCGCCGCACUACGGUACUUUUGCCGCUCUCUCUCUUUGGAGCUCCUUUAUACACAAACUUUGAGGCUCUGUCGUGAUAGACUUGCGCGUCAUUUGCAAGUCGACAGAUAUACACCUGGACAAAAACUACAAGUUUCUUAUUGGAGGGAACUAGGUUGCGAGCUCGGUUACCGCCUAAUAGUGGGCGCAGAGGGCGAAUCUCUAUGUGUGUGGCACGUGCCCGCGUUGCAGGGCGGUGAGCGGGUAGCGGCCGCUCUCACGCCUCAUGCGCCGUCUAUGGAGCGCCUAUUAGCUCAUACAGUGCAUGUUCGCUCACGGCAAAGACUGAAUGAUCUGAAAGUGCUACUCAAUGAUCUUGGGGUGGAAUGUGUGGUAGGCGGUUGGCCGUGUGUACUCGCCUGCUCAGUAUUAUACCCGUGUCUGCGCGCUGAACAAUUGCUAGUGUCUGUGGGGGCACACGGUGGUAGAUUGCGCGCACGCGUCCCGGCCUACCCCAACACGCCGAAGAUGCCCGAACUGGCCUCUGCGCUGGCCUCUACAAAUUUACCACAGAUCAAGGCUAUGCUUACGCAACUCAGAUUCUGGCUUGUUGCCCGUCGUUGCGAAAAAACCCUUCAGCAUCUGCCCGCAAGCGUGUGCGAACAUUUGCCAUUCUUGCACGGACCUGACCACCCUUUAAGCAAGCUAUCCCAGGACCGCCUUUACGUGACGUUACAUCGCCAUACUGAUCACAUAUUGAUAGUUGAAAUGAAAGAAGUGGCAGCGGGCAGCACGGCCACUACCAGCAACACAAACAACAGCGGCAGCGCAUGUUGUGUAGCGCUUUCUUUCCACCUCGCCGGCGCCCGGCGUUGUACCCCCGAAGAGUGUGAGGAUGAGUCGAACACAUCGAAUGCGUCGUCCACUUCAACGGGAGGAGCCCGAGCCUUCUUGAAACUGCAUUCUCUGGUCGAACUGGACACCUUCACACUUACACAUGGACCUUUUACUCCGCUUGAUACGCUGGGCAUGCAACCCGGCAAGCGCAAGUUGGCCGCGUCGAACCAGCGCGCCGUGAGAGUGCGUCAGCCAGCUUACUUCUUACCCGAACUCGCACACGUCGUCGCCGCCGCUGACGAACGCGUGCCUUUCGUCCAUUUAGCUCAAGAGUUGGCAGCACGAGGCGUUACGCACGGCGGUGUGCAACCGGAAUGGAGUGGUUCUGCCCUAGCCAUGCGUAUAGUGGCGUUACCAAAACCAGAGGGUGCUAGUGUAGCUGCAGCUAACGCUAUACGUGCGCGCCUUUUAGCCGCCACUAUCAGACUGACGACUAAAAACCAAGCUCGUGUGUGGACUGCUGAAAUUGUGUUCCACGGAUCUCCUGUACGCACGCCGAACCCCAAGGAACAAGGUGAAAGAAGGUGUGUGUACCUUCAAUACGAACUGGGAACAGAUGCGGGUCGCACUGCGGACGCAUUCCUCGCUGACUGGGCCGCGAUUGUGCAUCUGCACACGCUAUUACACAACUUCACGCUGAGACCUGUUCAAGAACGUGAAAUGCUCUGGCAAGGAGUAUGCAUAAGGUCGUAUACGUAUCGAUCGUUAGUCCUCGGCUUCGGGCCGGGACAGCGCGCGACUGCCGUCCUGCAGUGGAACGCAAGCACUCAGCGAUACACGGUAGCCACUCCUGCGCACCAACCGUCUGCUAAUGCGCAUCACGCUACGCUGCACCAUCUUGAUCAGUAUAUCAAUUGGCACAAGGAUCUUAUGUCCCUCGGCGUAGUCUUGCGCGAGACGUACGCGCCGCUGCUUGCGCUAUCGCGGCUGCCCACUCUGCCGCAGCUCGGAUUGCAUCAUGUGCGCACUCAGAUGCCUACGCCCACUUUUACGCUGCUGGCACAUUCCUGGCGCAAGAUCCGUAUAAUAUACGCUGGAGCAUACUCCCUAGAGAUCGGCAUCCGCGGCGGCGGUGUGGUGACCAUUCGCGACGGUUCAUACUCGAAGUUCGAUCGCAGUUCCGUAGUGGACGAAUUCGCGCCCGCACAAGGCCUCAAGGCUUUCCUGUCGCGCUAUGUGGAGGACAGUAUUAGCGCAAAAUUGUUGGCAGAAGAUGAUAAUCCACCAUCACCGAUGUCGCCUAUGCCACCUGGCGGCCUUCGCUUCCCCGCCCCGAAUACGCCGCCUCAACCGCACACACCUCACUCAGCCCCUGUUACACCGCAUCCAACAUCACCAGCUCAACAUCAAUUGGGUAGCAACUUCAACUUGACAUCCCCACCGGGUGGCGCAGGCAGCGCUCCUGGCGCUGGCACAGGCGGGGGCGUUUGCGCUUCUCCCGCCUCACCACUCGCCCCUUCCCCCCACGCACCCCCUGCUGCGUCGCCUCAUCCUCCUCCCACAUCACCGUUCACCGCGUGGCCCGCCUCACCGUCACUGCCGCGACCUUCACCGGGACAUCAUCCUUCGCCUAGGCAUCAUCUUGACCAUAAAGGGCCUCAACCAAGCUCAACUACCGGGUCUCGAGUGUUAGUAGGUGGACGAGCGUGGGCUGGCGCCACAGCUACGCCACUGUCAGUGUCCAAGUUAGAAGCGUUAUGUACGCCGUGUGAACCUCCGCCAGGGGCGCCACCGGGGCCUUCACUGGCACCGUUGCAGCGGUUCCUCGCUUGCGUUUACAUGAAGCGCACGUUGCAACGAUUUGUACAACAGGAAGACUACCUGACAAUGGUCUCCGUGGAAGCGACUAGCUUGACCUUCCGUUGUGACGGAGCAGGGUUGGCGGCGCGUGUGGCGCUGCACCCACAGCACAUGCAGUCGCUACAUCUGCAACUCACGCCUUUGCCUGAUAACAAGGAGUGGUCCGCUGAUGACCUGCAGGUGAUGGAAAAAUUUUUCGAGCAACGUGUCGCAAUUGCUCCAUACCGGGCUACAGCUCUUCACGGAUGGGGUCGCGUUUGGGGUGCACCUAAUGCCGCUCUUCCAUCACUUGUAGCUCUAAUGCGAGCAGACCUAGUGCCUAUAGUAUCAGCGUUAUGGCAAUUCCAAUGGGCCCUGCGCAUCCCACCUGCUGCCCCGCAAAUCGUCCCCGCUGGACAACCUGCUGUACUGCUGGCUAAACACAAGAUAUUAUUCUUUAUCUGCCUAACCCGCGGCGACACUCAACUGGUUCUCCCGCUAGUGUACGACAUGCAACUGAACGUGACUCAGCUGGCCGAUAAGCGCGACUCGCAACCGCACCAGAUCGCCGUCAAUUUACAUCUCAAAAGGUUCGCAGAGUUCAGCCAAUCUCAUUCAGAGUGCACACUGUGGCCGGCCGUGCGUGACUUAAUUACCAACUUCGCAUUACCGCAAGAGGCACCGCAAGCGCCUGCGCCGCCACCGCCCCCAUAGCUCAUAAUACGUUGACCUAUUAAAUAAAAAUGUGACUGCGGAAAUUAGACUUUUUUGACAUUUUUGUCAACCAAUGAGUAAGUGUAACCUACACAGGACUAAAGAAUACUAAACAUAAGAAUAGUAUAUUAUAAUAAGUAUUAUGUUUUUUGAAGCCUUUGUUAUUGUUAUGACGGUGAAUGGGUAUAUUGUGUAAUAAAAUAAUCAUAGUCCUUAUUACACCGCACAACUAAGCGUAACUCUUUAUUCAUUUGUCAUGUUCUAACGCAUACGUUUCGGGUUCGUCGUCAGACGAUGUCAAAUUAUUUCCAACUAAGGCUUUAAUGCAUCACUAAAAGGGAUAUGGCAACAAAUUUGUGUCGCGGUCCUUUAAAAAAGUGUUGUGAUU